AUGUUCGACUAAAAAAUUAUGCUGUAAUUUCAUUAAAACUUGAUGGUAUGCAUGGGCUUCUUGGUAGUUUAGAAUUUCCAAAUCUUAAGCUUCUACAGCUGGAUUGCGAUGCUAGAUUACCACGAAUCUCAUAUGAUCUCAACAAAAGAAUGGAGGUCAAAGCACAAGAGACCCAAGAUAGUUUCUACCAAGGAAUGAAAGAACUUAAAGUGCUAGCUUUAUCCUAUAUGUUCAGCUCAUUGCCGACAUCAUUUGGAUGCUUGAUCAACCUCCGAACCUUGUCACUUUUUCGUUGCCGACUUAUUGAUGAUGAUAUCUCUGUAAUUGGAGCAUUAGAGAAUCUAGAAAUUUGAGCUUUGCUGGCUCUUAUAUCAAGGAAUUGCCAAAGGAAAUAAUAGGUCACCUUGCUCACUUGAAGGUACUUGAUUUGUUGGGAUGUAUAGUGGAAAGGAUUUACCCCGGGGUUUUGUCAAGCUUAUUAAAGCUAGAAGAGCUGUAUUGGAACCACCUUUCAACAGUGCUGUAAAGUUGAAGAAAGCAAAGAAGGUGCUAAAGCGAUUAUCGAUGAGCUGGUGUCCUUGUCCAAUUUGGCGGCUUUGGAUAUUGCUCUAAUAAACAUUACCUUCUGGCCGAGAGGUUUGGUCGUUGAGAAGGUAAAAAAGUUUAAUAUAGUUGGCGUCUAUGACUUUGACUACAUCCUUGACCCUUGUUAUUCAUUAUCAAAUCUGUUGGAGCUCCAAGUUCAAAAUGUGAGUGACAUUAUUGAAACAAGGCUUAAUUUGCUGUUGAAAGGCACUGAAAUUCUGGAUGUAAACUCAAGAACAAAAGGUUUGAAAAUUCUGUGUGAUUUGGUCGACAAAGAUGGGUUUGAAUGCUUAAUGAAGUUGAGCCUACGAUAUGAUUUGGAAUACCUCAUCAAUACAGCAGAUGGGGUUCCACAGAGUGCUUUCCUUGUGUUAGAGUUUCUGAAUCUUCAUGGUCUACGUAAUUUCAAAGGGAGCUAGUCAUGAAUGCCGACUACCGAACAAGGCUUUCAGUGCAUCGAAAGUGUUGGUAAUGGAAUUCUUGUCUGAACUGACAAAUUUGUGGAAGGUUCCCACCCAACUUGUAUGGCUUGGCAACCUGAUGUCUGUACAUGUGUGGCAUUGUGAGAAACUGGAAAGUAUGUUCUCACUUUUCAUAGCUAGAGAUCUACUGCAACUGCAGGACCUUUCCAUAGGACGCUGUGAUAUGAUGGAAAUUAUUGUUUGGAGUGAAGGAGGAGAGCAUGAAAUAGCAACAGAUAAAAUUGAGUUUCCUAAACUAAAGCAAUUGCAUCUUAGAAACCUGCCAAGUUUUACUGCUAUCUGCAAAGCUAUGAAUAUAAUUGAGCUGCCACAACCGAGUUACUUGGCACUGUGGGAAAUACCAAAGCUGAAGCGUCUCUGCCUGCUUCAGAUUCAGAGAGUAAUUGUGAUCCCAUCAUUCAACCCCUCUUCAACAAGAAGGUGAAGCAAAUGUUGAUUGCAAUUAUGAUGGAAUCUGACGUGAAGCUAACUGAUGAACUUGUUGAGGCUAUUAUCGACAAGGUGAGAGUUUCUCCAAUUUAAAGUGUUUUCCCUUCGAAUUAUUGCAUCCCAGAUUGGAUGUUGAUGGCACCAGAAAAUGACUUUUAGGAAGUAAGACAAAUCAUUUUUAGGCAUCCUUAUAGUCAUUCAAUUGGUCAUGAGUUAGUGCUGAUGGAGACAUGGAGUAGCAUCUAUGCUUAGUUCAAGUUAGACUUCCUCAACGGAGUGCUUAAUUGAGGCAU